AUGUCCAACCAACCGAAGUCGGUGCCGCUGACAUGUUCAGGCCACACAAGACCAGUGGUACACUUGGAGUUCUCAGAUCUGCAGGAGGAUGGGACUUACACAAUGCUGUCCAGCUGCAAGGACGGUAAUCCAAUGCUCCGCGAUUGGCUGGGUGACUGGGUUGGGACCUUCCUUGGCCACAAGGGUGCCGUCUGGAGCGCCAAGCUAUCUGGUGGCGAGGCAUCGAAAGCGGUGACGGGUAGCGCCGAUUUCUCAGCUAAGGUCUGGGACACUUUUACCGGACAAUGUCUGCAUACCUUUCCCCACAAUCACAUUGUUCGCUCCGUCGCAAUCGAUGCUCAGGGCAGCCGCAUCUUUACGGGCGGCCACGAGAAGAAGCUACGCCUCUUUGACCUCAAUCAGCCGGACGCUGCGCCUGUAGAGCUGACUGGCAGCUCGUCGAAGGGUACGGCCCACGAUGGUACCAUCAAGAGCGUAGUGUGGCAGAGAGGAGACAACGAGAACACUGUCAUCAGCGCUGGAGAGGACAAGGCGGUGAGGUGGUGGGAUAUAAGAUCUGGCCAGGUCAGCCACGAGAUGACCUUUGAGGAUCCUAUUGUGUCGAUGGAAAGGUCUCAAGGUGUGCUCGGCGAGCUGAUCACCAUCGCAUCGGGAAAGAAGAUCACCUGGCUGGAUGCGCAAAGUCGCUCGAUCCGCAAAGAAUUCACUCUGGCUCAGCCAGUCUCCUCAGCGUCGGUCCAUCCCAUCCUGGCAGACCGGUUCAUCGUUGGCUCUACGGGAGACGGGUGGGUGAGGAUCCACGACUUUGAGUCGGGAGAGGAAAAGGAGCUGCUCAAGGGCCACCACGGUCCGGCCCAUGUAGUGAGCUAUAGUCCUGACGGGGAACUGGCUGCCAGUGGUAGUGAGGACGGUACAAUCCGGCUAUGGCAGACCUACCCCGGAAAGAAGUACGGGCUGUGGAUGUAG